CCACGGCCCUGCUCUCCAUCCAUCUCCCUUCAGCCUCUCAAAAGCAACACAAACUGCUGUUAAACAUCUGUAAAACAUUUGUCCUCUCUGAGAUAAGAUUUCCUUAUUCACUCUGGGCGUGUGAUGACAGUCUGGCCAGUGCUGAGAGCUGUGAGGAGCUCGUUGUGGUGCUGCACCAAGAACAGUUUCUUUACGGUGGAUUUUAAGUUUGUUGUUUGGUUUUGUUUGAUUUCUUCAAAGCAUUAUGGAUGCUCGAGUGGUUUGCUUGAUGUUUUGUCUUCUCCUGCUGGCACACUGCACGUACCAGCAGACCUCCUCCUCCAAGAAAAGAAAUGGCAAGAAAGAUUCUGCAAACAACGCUGCGAUCGAGGAGAUGAAGAAACAGAUCAAUGACAUUAUUCAAGAGCUGAAUUUGCUGAAAGAGCAGCAGGCGUUACAGACAGUUUGUCUGCGAGGCACAAAGAUCCUCGGCAAGUGUUUCCUGGCUGACCCAGUGAAGAAGACUUUCCACGCAGCCAGUGACGACUGCAUUGCCAAAGGAGGCAGCCUGGGCACCCCUCUGUCAGGAUACGAGAACGAUGAGCUCUACAGCUACGUGCGCGAGAGCAUCGGCCCCGAGGAGCACAUCUGGCUGGGCAUCAAUGACAUGGUAACCGAGGGCCAGUGGGUGGACCAAUCAGGCUCCGGCGUGCGCUUCAAGAACUGGGAGACAGAGAUCACCCUGCAGCCGGACGGAGGGCGCAGCCACAACUGCGCCAUCCUCUCCACCACAGCCAACGGGAAGUGGUUCGAUGAGAGCUGCCGAGCUGAAAAGGCUUCUGUGUGUGAGUUCAACAUCGUCUGACGGCUCCUUGGUCUUAUCACAAUCAUCCUAUGCAGAUAAACGUAUGAGGGUUACACGCUGCUUGAACGAAACACGUAGACUAUUGGGUGCAUUUAUGCGAUACAUCAAAAAAUUCUGUAUCUUUCUUAAGCUUUUCUUGGCCAAGCCAUUCAGAUGUCAACUGAGUUCACGCAAUGGUCUGAGAUACAGCAUGUUACUGGAUAAGCUAAGCCCAAAGGGACACCAUGUUUUACAUUCAUUCAGUAACUCAUGUGCUCAAAGCAUAUUAUCAAGGUAAACACCACUGGAUGGCUUUUUUUGUUUUAUGUGUUUGAUUAUGUAAUCUGCCACUCAAUGCAAUGUUUUUUUAACUGAAGAACAAUCAUCAUGUCUUUAAUACAAUUCUGAAUGUCAAUUUACGCUGCUGUUACAUUAUAUAAUGUUAAUAAACAUGUCUCCACA